AUGUGCUACCCCUCUGACAGCUUGGCUAACACAGUGUCAGAAUUUGGAUUGACGUGCGAGUACAUACGUGAGCGCAAGAAACGCGGAAAGGCAUCGCGGAAGGAUCUUGCCCAACAGCAGGCUGCGACCGCCGCAGGAGGCACUGGUGCGCCGAAGUCUGAGGAUUCCAGCACCCCGCAAUCGUCGGAGAAAGCUACCGAGUCUGUUCACGGCAAUAGUCCCAAGCUUCCUGAAGGCCAACGCUCUCUGCCUGAGCUACCUGGUCGAUCGGCCAGUAUUGCGACAACACGACCCGAGAUGGAUACCGCGUCGAUGUAUCAGAACAGGACGAUGAGCAUGGGUGCAAUCGACACUAUGCCAGAAUCUGAUAUGCACCAUCAAAUGACCGAGAGCAUGCAAUCUAUGCAUCCCAUGCAGCCGCCCCGAUUACAGACUCAAGGGCUGUCUAUGCACAACCCCAUGCCCGAGUACACAUCGAUGGAGGAGUACCACCGGAGCCUUACCUAUCAGUCACCACUCCAAAUGAUGCAACCUGGAAUGCAGCCCGUUGUACCUUCGCACGGCCAUGGAAUGGAGUACUCUGACAGCCCCUACAGUAUGAUGAGCCCACAAAGCGCACAUACACAAGCACCCACGAAUACCUUCAGGAUGCCCGAAGAGGCAUCCAACAUGGGUUACAUGCCUCAAUCACCAGUUGAUGGAUCGCCUGGUUGGAUGCUGCCUUCACCUUCUACAACGAUGUACUCUGGCGCACAACAUCAGAAUCCCUCUCAGCAGUUGAGAUACCCUGUUCUGCAGCCGUUAGUACCACAUCUCGCAAAUGUCAUGCCGAUUUCACUAGCUUGCGACUUACUAGAGCUCUAUUUCCAGAGUUCAUCAACUGCGUUUAUGCAACCAGUCUCCCCUUACGUACUAGGCUACGUCUUCCGAAAGCGCUCUUUCCUCCGCACCAACAACCCUCGCGUGUGCAGUCCAGCAUUGCUGGCAAGUAUGCUCUGGAUUGGCUGCUUGACAAGCGAAUCUCCAUAUCUUUCUUCAUCGCCAUCUGCGCGGAGCCAAUUAUCGGAGAAACUCAUCAACCUGACCAUCAGUCUCUUGAAGCCUCUCGUGCAUCAAAAUCCAGGUGGUUCCGAUGCCAGUCCGACGGCUUUCAACGGCGUCGGGCCGAUCAAUGGUGUCACCAUGGGUGGUUUUGGUAUGCCCGCACAAGAUUCCGACAUUGGUUUGCCGGGAGCACCAGGAGGCCUUGACGACGUAGCAACCUACAUGCACUUGGCCAUAGUGAUCUCAGCCAGCGAGUACAAGGCUGCAUCACUCCGCUGGUGGAACGCCGCCUGGUCACUGGCUAGGGAGCUUAAACUUGGCAAGGAAGUGCCUGUGACACCGCCUCCCGAACCGAAUGACGAAGAUGCACCUGGAGACCUCGAUGCGGAACACAUGGGCGCAGGAUACCCAACCAGUCAACACACAUCCAUGGACUUCACAGAAGAGCAAAGAGAAGAGCGCAGACGUAUAUGGUGGCUGCUGUUCACUGUUGAUCGGUAA